AUGUCACAGCGGUCGCGGUCAAGUCCUGCACCAGGCCUGUUUACCUCCAAAGGCAAAGACGCCUGUACAGAGAGAAGCCAGCAAGAACAGUCGCUGGUCAAAGCUAUACCCCCUUUCUACUGUGCCUAUCUACUCCGGUCGACUGUGCGUCAUGCCAGUCUCUACAUCGGAUCUACUCCAAACCCAGUGCGCCGUCUUGCACAGCAUAACGGCCGCAUCAAGGGUGGGGCACAUAGAACCCAUAGAGAAAAGCUACGGCCGUGGGAGAUGGUCAUGAUAGUCAGCGGGUUUACCAGUCGUACCGGUGCCUUGCAAUUUGAAUGGGCGUGGCAGAACACACAAGCUUCUCGUCAUGCAGCGAAUAGCGAAACAGAAACUAAUGUUCGAAUAUGUUCUAAAACAGGGAAACGCAUGGCUAGAAAGUCGAGCAACCCUCGCGAAUCACUGACAAGCGUCGUGGCUCGUUUGCAUCUCCUAUUGCGUUCACCGUAUUUCUCAAGCUGGCCUUUGGAAGUGCGGUUUUUUAAAGCAGAUGUGCAUCGUGUUUGGCAGGGCUGGACCGAAGCUGCUGAUACAUUUGUCCCUGGACAUAUAAGGUUCACGACUGACUUUGACGACGACGGGGCUUCGGGUGAAGAAGGACGGCCCCUUCAGAAUGCCCUUCAGAGACUGGAUAUCUCAGGGACUAGUCUGAAGUCAUAUAAGGAGAAGACACAAUUCAUCCUCGAGGCCGGGGAACGGAUUGAUUGUGGUAUCUGCCACGACCGUCUUCGCUUGAGCGAUGAUCUAAUCGUAAUUUGCUCAUGUGAAGCUUGUCGCUGCGCGUCACAUCUUCUAUGCCUCUCGUCGAGUUUUAUGGAGUCUGAAAGCACCAGUAACGGUUUUAUCCCGGUUAAUGGAAGGUGCCCAAGCUGCCGGUCAAGCAUCGAGUGGCAUGUUCUCAUGAAAGAGAUGACACAUAGAGUUCGGAGCCAUGGGACGAGAUCUGUCCACGACGAUAACUCCGAUGCAGAGGACGAGGAAGGUGAUAAUCCCAACCAGCCGCAAACAAUUGAGGAGGAAUCUGGAGGCGAGCUAUCAGAAGACGUAGCGCAUCCAAGUCCCAUAGACCUGCUUAGUAGUAGCGAUGACGAAGACUUUGGCCCCUCAACCGUCAAGUUCCCAGCGAAAACGUCACGGCCGACCAGAGAACCGGGGGAGAACUCAUUGCUGACCAGCUAUACCAAUCAUCCGAGGAAACACCCAGACAUGUCAAUUUCGCUCAAGAAUGGCAAACCAGACGAAUGGGACGAUAUAGAUAUAGUUGAAUGA